CGGUGAAAGCCUGAAGCUCAGAGGAGGUGCUGUCAGUCUUGUCCUGCCCCCCUCAGGAGCUGAAGGUGUGACAUCAACAGCAAUAAUUAAGGCAGCUCAUCAAUGGCUGGACCCUGGCGGCUAUAAAAGGAAGUUGGAGAGUCCGGUGCUUAUCAUAACCGAUAGGAGCUAACCACCAAAGCAGACUGACUUCACUCUAUACCACAAGUUUUACUUUCAUCAGACUGAGGAGAAGCCACCAUCAGAGGUCAUCAAGGUCAACAUGCAAAAUCUGGACUUUAAAAUCCUGUUCAUUUCACUCUGCGUUUUACACCUCUUCGCUCUCCAUGAAGCGCGCCCGCUGAGGAAAAGGACUGUGAGUGAGGUCCAGCUAAUGCACAACCUCGGGGAGCACAAGCAGGCGCAGGAGCGGCGGGAGUGGCUGCAGAUGAGGCUCCGGAGCAUCCACACAGCACCCGGCCGGGACAGCAGCGGCGAGGCGGGACCGUCAAGGAGGAGGCUGCGCUCCGAGGAGCUGCCCGACCUGGACGACCUGACACCGGAGGAGAUCCAGUACGCUUUGGACUUCUUGGAAAAUCUCCUCAAGUCAAAGCAAUCAUGAUUUUUUUAUUUGAUUUUAUUUGAGCUUCGGAACAACAUUUCCAGCAGUCUUUAAUCAGAACUUUAGGCUACCUUUUUCAUUUUUAUCAUGACUUUUUU